AGGAAUUUGAGAAUUGGUGGGGAUUUGCCAAUCCGUAUUGAGCAAGCGUGGUGAUGAAUGCUCCUUAUGAGAAGCCUUUGGUUAGCAAUAGUUACGUUUAGGCUGUUAGUGAUGAUGAUAAUGGGAAUUUGGUAAAGAGCCAUCGGACCACCACAGACGGGGCCCAGUAGGGCUGAUGCCUAAUCCGGAGCUGCGGACUACCUAGCGGGUUUACCGGGGCUCCGGCUCGACAGGCAGGAGUAGGAACGGGGUGGUUUUUAGUCAGUAAGAGUCUGACACUCCCUCUCGCCUUGCCCAAGGCGGGAGAAGUCAUUGGAAGAUUUUCUCCCUCAAAAAAAAAAAAAGUAAUAUGCACUAGGUGUGUAUGUAACAGAACUCUACAAUUUCAAAUAAUUUCUGACAUUUUACGACAAUAUUUAUUUACAUCGACGUAGUAAAGGCGCAGUUUGAUAAGAUGUGGUUCAAAUAACAUGGCAAUUUCUAUUACUCUCCUAACUUUAAGUUUAUUAUUAAUAACAAGAGUCAGCAUUACCAAAACUAUAAACCAACCAACAGAAUACUCGUCACAAGAGAAACCAAUGUCGAAUAAUUACAAGCCCAAAGAAGUAGAAAUAAAGACAGAAUCGAUAGACAACAAUAUAGCAGACAGCGACGCUUUAGAUAAAGCAUUAGACAAAAUGCUAGCUAACAAAAAGCUUAUAGUUAAAUAUAAACAUAAAAACCCUAAAAAUGAUGAAAUUAAGGUCAUACAUGCAGUUGAUAUAAUGCACAGUAAUGACAGCAUAACACCUAUAAAUGAUUGUGCAUCUGUAAACGAUAGUCCAGAUCGCAUUACAAAAGAAACUGCUGAAAAAGGUAAUGAUAUAAAUACAGUUGAUAAACAAGGCAUGAAAAUUAAACAUAUAGAUCUAUCAAGUGGAAACGAUUAUGAGAAUGGUACUCCAGAAUCUAAAGAUAUACCUGAAUUAUUAAUGGAGAUAUUGAAGGAAAAGGUUAGGAAAGAACCUGUUUUGCGUAAUGAAUUUGUGUUGAAGAAUAAAAAUGUUCACCCACAUCGCUUCAUUGUAGAAAAACCUCAGUCACAUGAAGAAACUGUCUGCAAAAAAGUUUCACAUGGACGGAAAUACAAAAACGUACCAACAAACGCAGAAUUAACUGAUUAUGAAGAUAACAAUUACGAAAAAAGUUAA